AUGUUGUCGCAUGGACAAAAUCAAUCUCACAAGCGAAAGUCACAACAAAACAUCCAACAAAAGAACAAGGACUCUGAUUUUUGGGAAUUCAUCAAUGCUGUAAAACAGUCCAUCACUCAUGAUGUUUCCAUGUUAAAGGAUUGCAGUGAUCGGGAUAAUUUUCGUUCCGAGCCAAAGAAAGUAAAAUUGAAAGACCAUAGAAGCCAGCAUUGGAGAUCUGAUGAGAAUUCCAGUGUACCUUCGUCCGAUAGCGAUGAUGAUGAAGAGAGUUCUUACAUUGAAAAGGCUAUUACCAAGUUAAAUCAAGCUACAGAGGCUUUUCUUCGGAAUAUCAAGGCGCCUGACCUGAUGCAAAAGGCCAUCGAAGAAUUAGACAAGGCUUUCAAGAAAGAUGAAUGGGAGCGAAUACUCUUUCAAAAAGUCAUUGCAUCACUUUCUAAAAGAACAGACAACGAAGACACAAAUAGAGUCUUGCGAGUUGCCUACGAUCUUCAAAAACGAAAAUUGUUUCAUGUAUUACUACUUUUCCAUCUUGUUGAUUUAUUCAUGAAGGGAUAUCCUGAGGAGGAAAAUAUAACUGCCUCAAGUUUUAUGGACUUACUUGUUGAUAGAAAAUUUGCUCACAUUCAGUGGAUGAUCACUGCAUCCUCAGUGUUAGUGUCGUGCAAAAACGACCAAUUCAAUUCUGACGAAAUUAAGGAAAUUAUUGCUGCUAUUGUUGAAGGCUACAUUGACCAAUGGAUUUAUCGUUUAGAGGUUCUAGACGAAAGUGAUACUACCAAGAUCGAGAAAAGAAAGAAGAAAAGAGCGUUUUACAAUAGGGUGCUACCAAAACCAAAACUAGAUGAGCUAAAGAGAGUAUUACUCCCUGUGCAAGAAGCUGUGCAAGAUUCCACAAACACCGUUAGCCAGGCCACCUUCAAAUACAGAAAGCGAAAAGACCGGUACCAGAGGACAAUCAAAUUUGUGCAAAGAAAAUCUGCUUUUGAAGUACAUGAGGUGGUUAUUCGGUUGCACUACACCAAACAUCUAUUAAGGAACUAUGUUAGUUCCAAAAUGGAAAUAGAUGAGCUGGCAUUUAUAGAAGAGGCCAGGUCAUGCAUCUACAAGUUUAAUUUCACCAUCGAAAAAUCUUCUUGGAAUCGUUCAGCCCUUAACGAAUAUUUGGAGAAGAAGAACAUGAACAAGGUUAGGUUUCGCGAGGAACUUGUUGACGUGGACGGUAAAGAUGAAGUAAUAUUUUCAACUCGACACGCUUCAAACAUUGAUCGACACGCUUCAGACAUUGAUAUCCGAUUGGACAGUUCAGAUCCGAGAAAUCUAUGGAUGGAGUUUAAGUUUCCACGCCAAUUUAGAUUCACGACGGCUCAUAUUGAGACGACAAUCGAUGCAGAGGAUGACUCUCUACUGAGAGACCUUUUCGGCCUUACUACCAAACACGUAUAUCAGACUUCUGAGGUUGACAACUACGAGUCGUAUUCUCGAUCUGAGCUCUGGAAUUAUGAAACGAAACGUGUGGAUCACAAUAUCGUAAAACAGAAUGCAUUUUACACUCCAGAAGAACAAGACAACUAUUUCGAUAGAGAUUUAGUUAGCUAUCCGAUUACAUCAGUUGUUGGCACCAACAAACUGCCCAUAGGAAUUGAAUUUAGAGGACGACGCAUGAAAACUAAUAAUCUACACGGAUCUUAUGGAACAAUACUUUAG